UUGGCAACUCUGCUAAUCUAACACGUCAUUUUGUACAAAAAACAGAUCAUUUUUAAUUAAAAUAAGUGGUAAUUUUCAUCAAAAUGAAUUGGUUUAAAGGAGAAAUCGCCCAAGCAAUCGUCACUUCAAAAGCCAAACAGGCAAUAUUCGUAGUUUACGUCUAUGGGAAAGAUGAAACCUCAUCACAAAUAACCGAAUUAAUCGACAAAGAAGAAAUUGUGAAAAUAUUAGGAAGUGACAGUUUUGUGGCAAUCAAAAUCGAAACCGACUCUGUACCUUAUCAACAGUUUAGUCAAAUUUAUAAGCAAGUUCCAACUCCCUCAAUAUAUUUUAUUGGCAAACAAGGGCUGCCUAUUGAAAUUGUGACAGAAGUGAAUGGUGUUAAAAGUUUUCAAGAAAAACUCAACUCGAUUUUACAAAAAGGGGGACUUUCCACUAUGUCUGCACAAUCUCAAAAUUUUAUUAGUAAUGAACAGUCACAGCAGCCUCAAACUAAACCAGCAAAUGUGGUGUGUGAAAAUGAUGUUUGUACUAUAAAAAAAGAUGAAAAGCCUUCAACUAGUCAGCAAGCUGUGAAAGAAGCCGCAAAAGCAGAAGAGAAGCAGGAUUUAACAGUUGAAGAAAAAGUUGAGAGAGCUAAACAGUUGGUUGAGCAGAAGAGAGAAGAAAAAAGAAAAGAGGAGUUUGAGAAAGAACGUGAAAAAGAGCUUGAGCGUCGAAAAAUGGGCCAGAAUGUUCAACAACUGAAACGUUGGCAGGACGACCAAGAACUGAAACAAGUUCUUGAGGAACGUGAAAAAGAAAAGCGCGAAAGUCAAGCAGCUCGUGAAAGAGUCUUAGCUCAAAUAGCUCAAGACAAAGCUGAAAGAGCUGCUAAGUUCUCUCCAGCUACUAAUCAGCCACAAUCUCAGCCCCAUUCAUCGCAAUCAUCUCCAAAACCAGUGAACACAAACACAGCAAGGUUGCAAUUCCGAAUGCCAGAUGGCAGGACGGCCACAAACGAUUUUGCAAGCAGUGACACUUUAGCAAGUGUCCACGCUCAUAUUAAAGCUAAUUUGCAUCUGCCGUUUAACAAUUACACUCUUUCAACGACGUUUCCCAGAAGAGAGUUUACAGAAGCAGAGAACAGUCAAACAUUGUUACAAUUAGGACUUGUUCCGACUGCUGUUAUUUUGAUUUUGCCGGUUAACAGAGGAGUAGUUGCUACUAAUGCUGAAGGGGGAUUUACAGGAUUCUUAUGGACUUUGAUUACCCCAAUUUUGACUCUUUUGGGAUAUUUGAAGACUUUUGUGUUUGGAUCGGCUCCCGCACCUAGUACUAACAACGAUAAUCACAAUAAACGAGCUGCUGAGUCAUCUAGUGAUCACAGGGCGCAACCUAAAGUUCGAAGAGCUGGAGAAACAACUGUGAUUAGAAGGCAAGGGAAUAUUCACCGUUUAUCUAACAAAAAUGAUAGUGAUGAUGAAAAUAAUACAUGGAAUGGCAAUUCUACCCAACAGAUGUAAAUUUUCUUAUUAAUUACUUAUUACUUGAAAUAUUCUUUGUUAUUUUUCACUAGUUAGGCAUACUUUUUGAUGUAAAUAUAUUUAGAAAUUUUUA